AUGCUUGCUGGGAUCGCAAACAAAUCCAUUCAAUUUUCUGAUGUUGACGACGUGUUUUUAAGUCCUAGCAAACGUCGGAAAGGCAAUAUGCCCUUCAAAUGCAAGUCCGAAUUUCCGAUUAGCGACAUCGUUGAGUCCAUUGAGCCCAUUAACCUCACACAUAAAAUUGAUGAUGAAAACCAACAGCUCAAAGGAAGCGAUGUUAUACAGAUACCAAGUGCGCUUGCCAAUUUUCAAUUAAGUUUGGCGGCACAGCUUCAAAAUGUUGAUUUUAAUACCAAUGUGAAUAUUCCUCCAGAUGUUAACGCGAGACAAUCUACCACAUUUGGCCUGCCAUUUUUACCAAGAAGAUUUCCUUUUUAUCUUCCAUUUGAAAAUUUUUUCGCUGGAGGCAAAGCGGAAACGAAUUCUGAGCAGAAAUUGAAAUCAUCUCAUCUUUAUCACGAAUUUGCUCAAGUGUCAAAAUCAUUUUCUUUUAGUCCCGUUGGAACUCUUAACAAAAAUAAUUUUGCCUUUAAAGAUAACUCAAGUGUUUUACAACUUCUUCAUUCAUGUCUUGAACAAAUACCACUUCCACCUAUUGGAUCAGAUUGUCAAGAAAUUCUGAAUUCACUCUACACUUACACAAUUUUCCAGGCGAUAAACUUUCAGAAAUCCGUUCUGCGCUACCUUACAGAACUAAAUGAAAAGACGCGACCUCGACCAUCUGAACUCAAGGACCCUUGGAAUUUGCAUUUUAACGAUAAAACCCUUCAGCCAAACUCUUAUGCGUUAUCCCGAUCAUUGCCUUCAGAUUGCAAAAACUUAGAAAGCACUUUGCUAUCCAACGAUGUCGAGAGUGGUACCGCCAUCGAUUUACGUGUUCGUCCUCCCAAGUCUGCUCAGGAUGGCUGCUCUGUAAAUUUCGGUCAGACUUCUUUAUCUAACGUUUCCUGUGCGCAGGAUACAAGUGCUGACUGCCUGGACAGUGGUCGCAUUUCAGGCUUUCUCUCUCAUGCAUUUAACCGUCGACCACCCUCUCUCGCCACCUAUCCAAAUGAUCUUUCUUCUCCUUUCUCCUCGCGUCAUCUUUUAUCCCGAUUCGGUGUUCGAAGUCCACCACGCUGCUUAAACAGUCGACGAAUAAAAACAUCCUCUUUAAAAAAUAAGAAACCAAGAAGUCUGGGUGGCUAUUCCCCUGUCACUAGCGCCUCUGGACGCGACAGCCAGUGUAAUGGACCUCUACUCUCCAAGAAGCCCAGCUUUCGAGGAACAAGUGAGGAGGAAAAUGAAGUGUGUCCCCAUUUCAAGCCUGUGGAACAGAAUGUAAGUCUCCAGUAA